UUUUCCCGGUGCAAUCGAAGGCAAUAUUAGUAUGGUAUCGGGAAACUUCCAUGUCAUCGUAGUAAAUUCCAACUUUGGACAUCGCUUGUCUGUUUGUGUGUGCCAGAUUGUGAGAAGAGACAGCAUUUUGCUUGGCUUUUAAAGCGUCGAAAUGGUAGAAACAUAACAUGUUAACUGCUGGCUGUUUGUUUAGGUUAGUAGAAGUUUUGUAGGAUUGGAUCUGGAAAACUUUACUUGAAUUGGCUGGCACACACGAGUCACACAGUGGAUGAAUGUGUUUGUGAGAGGACGGCGACACCUGACCAUCAUGUCUCAGAAGCUGUUUUGGAAGGUGACAAGCGGCAUGUUCAUCCGCACAUUCCAUGUUGGCCUUACCGUCGCAGUCCUGUGCGUUCUCAUCUUCAAAGACACAGCCUUGAGGGAAGCGAUUCUUCAGAGAAACAUCCCCUAUGUCCUAGCCUUUGCUACCCUCCUGACCAUAUCUGGCGGGCUGUACUUCCAGGCAAGCCUAAUGGACCCAGGCUUUGUGCCCGUUGAUCAAACCAAGACCCCAAACUGGGACAACGAUAGUAGUUCCGAGUCCGACGAUGCAAAGGAUGAUGAGGAGGAGGAAGAUGACAGUAGGAGGAGCUCCAAAGAUGAGGAGGCAGUGAGGAUGCUGUCAUCGCCACGGCAACGCACCCACGUCAGACCCAGAAAAUGUGACUUUUGUGAGAUAAAGCAACCCAUACGAUCCAAGCACUGUGAAGACUGCAGUCGUUGCGUCCGUAAAUUUGACCACCAUUGUCCGUGGUUGGAGAAUUGCGUCGGGGAGAGCAACCAUCGCUUCUUCUGGCUCUUUCUGCUCACUGAAACGGCGCUGGUGGUGUGGUCGUUACAAAUAACAUGGGGUGCCUUCCAAUGGAAGAGCACCUUGUAUGAGUGGCUCAAGGCCAACGCCUUCUUCUUCGUCUGCAUCGUCAUCAUCGCCUUGGCGGCCAUGGCCCUGACGGGCCUCCUGUGUUGCCAUAGCUACAUGAUGAUAACCAAUCAGACCACGUGGGAGUUCAUGUCGCACAACCGCAUCACCUACCUGCGAGACUUUGAAGAGUCCGUCAACCCUUUUGACGAGGGUUACCUGCGCAACUGCAUCAAAUUCUUCUUCUACUGCCCUUACAGGAGGUGGGAACGACUGGUGGAGAAGAAAUGCGAGUGCGUUCACCCUUCCAAUUCCGUUUGAAAUCAAAUGUGUAAAACACUGCGCGUCGUUAUUUUUUUCUGGGAAAGGAAACAUGAGUGGCAUAGACAGUGGGCUGAAGAUGGGCAUAUAUGGCCUCAAGGUAGCCCCCUAAAAAAAAACCUAAAUCCUUCCACUGUGAAUCAAGAUUCAGCAUAAGAUAUAUUAGACCUCAAAAGCCUUUAGAGUUUCUCAAGUGAAGUAUGGAAGAGUGUUAAUGAAUUGCGCUGUGUGGAAGGUUGUUCAUACCAAUGUCACAGUGAAAUGUUACAGGCUACCCAACUGCUUGUCAGAGCAAAAGAAUGUGAGGGAUUUUGAAGGGCUCAGCAUACUGGACUUGGGAUUAAACUGUCAAGCAUUUUGAAGUGUAUGGGCUAACUCUCUGGGCUUAAGUUGAGGCGUAAUUUGAACUGAGAUGCCAUCUCAUCAUCAUGUCUCCUGCCUGAAAGGCAUGGAGGUCACACGUGCAAUGUGGUUGCGCCAGACAUCUUCGUUCUGGGCGGCAAUUAUCGCUGUUUCAUAGUCAAGUCCUAGCUGGAUGAGAUCUGUUGUGACGGUAUCUAACCAGUGGUCCGAGGCUUGCUGACAAUGCGUUUCCAACACGCUGACUGCGGGUCAAAGACUUAGAUGAUGCUUGUUGGAUGAUUCGGUGGGAGUCGGUAUAGGUGUCCAAACCAACGAAGUCUGCGCUGUGCAAGAGUGUUCAGUAUGUGAGGCUGCUGGGUUAUUUGUUGCUGUUCCUCAUUUGUUGUAUGGCUGUCCCGUCUGAUGUUUUUCGUGGUUCUAAGGGAUUAGCAUCUCCGUGAACAAAAACAUCAUAAAGUCUGUUUUCAAUUCAACUGUCUGAUCGUUAGUUUCAAAAUUGGUAGAAUUGAACUUUACUACACACUUUUAAUAGUAACAUUUCAUGAGCGAGUAACCUCACUGUCCGAUUGGAACGUUGAACUUCAUUCGGGUGCACCUAUAAUGUUCGUGGUCACUAAAUAUAAAGUUGAGUCAUCAUCAAUGACAUUUCCUGGAUUCAGUGGGGAAACGACUGUUCAUUCAUUGAUAACUGUAUUGGUCAUGGUAGAUGCCCUUGUUUUCCUUUUAAUGAUUUUGGGCAAAGAAUAUCAUUGUGAACAUGGUGAACAAAGAACAUGUCUUACAUUUAACACCAAACUUUAUAUUCGGAAAGGCAGUCUUUACUCUUCAUAAUUUAAAAGUUUUCAGAUAAACCGUGAAUUGUUUCGAUUUAAAGAAAGGUAUAAUGUAUUAUAAGCUUGAAGCUGUUGACUAUAAAGUUGAAACAGACGCGUCUGUAAAUAGCUGUCAAAGACCAACAAAUUAUUUAAAAUGUGUAAAUUUACUUCUUCCAAUUGCUGGUCUGCUUUAUUAAGUAUUUACUCCUGGAAUAUCGGUAAAUCAAGGGCAAAUAAGCAAUCAUGAAUAUUUUUUGUGCACAAAAACAGACAAAUAAGAGAUAUUGUAUUUACAAUAUUAACAAGAAACAUUUACCCCUAAAAAGUCUUUCUUAGGAAUGGAUGGCUGUUUGAUGCAUGAAAUCUGGGUCAAGGACCCCUAAACGUUUCAAACCUAGUACAUCUUUUGAAAACCUUAAACAUUGGUAAGAGCAUGGUAUAUGUACACACGAGGGUCAUGGGCGUUCGUAAAAAGUGAGUGAAAUAUGUAAUCAGACGACACCCAUGAACAUUACAGUCUGUUUUUAUCCUCUAAUUUAUGCAAAGAAUUCCUACAUUUACAAAAUUGUUGAGGAUAUGGAAGACUAAGAAAACUUUUUUUGCAAAACAGCCAGAUCUUGGAGGAGCUUGACCAUUGCUGUGAUGUGAAGAGUUUAUUUCCCAAACGUGAUAUAUCCAUUUCAAAAAGUGAAACAAAUUGCACUUUUAUAAAACAAAAAAGCUCUUUUCUUAACUUCAUCUUUCACUUGAUAUUAUUCUUAAAUUGUAUUUACCUAUUUCACUGUCAUUGAAACUGAUUUUGGGCAACCAGGAGUGGGUGGGUUUCUAAAAAGUAACACAAUGGCAUUUAUCACAUUGGAAAUAAACUCUUCAUUUACUCAUUAGUUUUACCCUUCAC